AUGAGUAAUAUAUCGAAACCACCAGCUCAACAACAACCUGUUGUUGGUGGUGUAGGAAAGGUUGCACCACAACUCAAACCAGCAGCGGGUUUGGUAAGACCAAUGAUUGGUAAACCUGCACCUGCACCUACAGUAGGAGGAGGAGGAGACAACAGUAGCAGCAACGAUACAACUACAACAUCUGCAAGCGAGGGUAAUGUGAAACCAUCAGCUUUUAGAUUAGCAUCAAGUGUAUUUAAUCAAUCGACACCCGACACUAAUAACAGUAAUACGUCUACACCAGCUGAGCCACCACAACCUCGUUUUAAAUUGAAACCUGUAGCUUCAACUGUAUUAAAUAAACCACCUCCACAACAACAACAACAACCAUCAUCCACUGCUACAUCUACUAAUAAUAAUGUUACAAGUACUACUACUACAACACCAACUGUAAAACCAUCUGUAAAUCAAUUCAAUAAACCACCUCCUGCAACAAAUACAACAACAACUACAACAACAACACCGACAUCACCAAAUGGGAAUGGAGUAGCCAAAUUACCACCAAGACCUGUAUUGUUAAAAAAGGUUGCUACUCCUCUUCCUACACCACCUUCUUCUUCACAGUCACCAUCACAAUCAUCUCCACCAACUACACCAAACAAAGAACAACCAACGUCGUCGGCCAUUUCACCAGAUUCAAACUCUACUCCUACUACUACUACUACCGUACUACCAACAAAAACACUCGAAAGACCAAAGAGUAGAGAGGAGAUUGUAACCGAAGAUUUAUUAAAUUCAAUCAUUACGGAAACUGAACAACCAACAUUGGCCAAAAGAGCAAGUUUGAUUAUUGCCAAAGAUGAACCAGUUGUACCAGUCGAACCAGUCACUACUACUACUACUGCUACAGCACCUGUAACACAACAAGAACCAUCAUCCACUUCUUCUUCUUCUACUGCAAUUAAAUCCAAUUUAAAUACGACAACAAAAAAGAGAGAAUGGAAACCAACAACAUCAGCAUCAUCAUUACAAUUAUCAUUACCAGUUGAUGUAGCAACCAGUGGAUCAUCUGAAUUUUCACAAUUGACAACACGAAACAUUGAGGGUGGUCAAGUCGCACAACCAAAGAAAGAGACUGUACGUGUGCUGUCCUAUCAAAAGGGUGAUUUCACCAAUUUGAAUAUGCAUCGUGGUGAUAUUGUAGAGAUUACCGAACAAGGUGAAAAGGAUACUUGGACAGGGUUCAAUGGAUACAAGACUGGAAACUUUUCCAUUCAAAAUACCAAACCUAUGGUGGUUAGUGUUGGUACAGACAUUCAAGCUACGGUAGAUCGUUUUGAAAAGGCGGUUUGUGUCAAGGAUCAUAGAGGUAAACAAGGAAUCUCACUCACUAUUAUGAAGGGUGAUGUCAUUGCCAUCAUCGAUCGUAACAAUCGUACAACUGCCUCUGUGGCAUUGGGUCGUGUCAAACUGGGAUUGGACGGAUGGAGUGAUGCUGGAGAGUUCCCACUUGAAAACAUUCGUUUGGUCUCUCAAAAAGAGUAUAUCUUGUACAGCGACCUGCUGGAUUUGGUCGUAGAGGUGAGCGAACGUUUCAUGGACCCAGAAUCAUUGAUUCAAGGCGGCAGUGAAAAGGAACUUGAAAAGAAACAACUUCAGUUGCGUGACAAGACAAAGUUACUCCAAUCGAUUCAAGACGCGAUUCUCAUCGAGACUGACGAACCACGUCUAUUGCAAUUGCAAGCCAACUUGCGUCAAGAGAUUGAAACUACCCAUGCUAUGCUGUCCAACGAGUUUUACGUAUCGAAUCCCAACAAUGGAGAGAUUGAAAAUGAAGAGAGUAGUAGUCCGGUCGGUCUCCUCAAAGACCAUCUCCAAAUGGUCGGUGAAAAGAAGGGUCUAAAGUAUGACAAGUUUGUCAAUACUAACCGCGAGGCAUCAGACUCUAAUACACGUCGAUGGGACUAUGCACAAAUCUCUGUCGACGUUAAAUUAAACAAAUCUACUUUGAAACGUGCUGGCAAUAGUGGAACGUUGGAAUACUAUUUCUCACUACUCAACUAUACUCAAUCAAAAUUCAUUACCGAACAAAUGCAAAUCAUCCCGUCCGAUACCAAUAGUAGUGUCAAAUUCCUAUUCAAGGAUAUUGAACCUGCCGACUUGACCGAUGACAUUGCAUUAGUAUGCAAGGUUAUUCGUCGUGGUACCAUGAAGGAUCAUGCAGACACUACCCCAAUCAAAAAGGGUUCAUCAACCGACCUUCGUCGUCCAUUUGGCUAUGCCUGCAUUAAAUUAAUCUCUGCAUUCUCUGAAACUCAAAUUGCCACCGAAAAGGAUUCAAAUCUUUAUUUCUAUUCUUCAAAUGAUUUAAAUUUUAAUUUAAUUCCUGAAAAUGUAUUAAAAUUUAAUAAUGAAGAAGAAUUAAAAAAACAUGGAGUUGAAUCAAUACCAAAAGGAAUGCCAACAGCUAUAUUACCGAUAGCAUGUAGUUUUUAUGAUAUGAGUUAUGAAAAAUGUUUGGAAAAGUAUCAACAAUUGGCCAAGGCACAGACAAUUGAAAAGAUGGAACACAAGGUAGUAAAGAAUGAAAAGAAACAUCAUCUCUAUAUUUCAUUGGACAGUGGAAAGUUUACGGCCGAUAAAAAGGUUGAGGUGUCGGUACGUGUACGUAUGAAUGAUAGUGGAGAGUUCCUCCACAAUUGCAUAUCACUUGGAGGAAAGGAGUUUUGGGCAUCAGAGAUUAAAUCGUUUGUCUGUCACAAUAGUUUGACUCCCACUUGGAACGAAUACCUUCAAUUCCAAAUACCAGAAGACAAGUUUUUAAAUUGUCAUUUAUUGUUUACUAUCAAGAGUGCUAGUAGUAAGCAGAGUAAAACUAAUAUCAUUGGUUUUGCAUUUAUGCGUCUUGGUUCAACCGAUUCUUCAGUUGCUAUUCAAAAUGCUGAUCAUAACUUGUUAAUUUACAAGGCAUCGUCUGCAGAUGUUCCAAUCAACUAUUUGACAGAGAAUAUUCCAUCGGUUAUCAAUUCUAGUAUUAGUAGUACAACUGGUACGUCGUCACCACCACUUUUAAGUAGUGGGUCGACUGGUAUGUCAACACUGAAUAUUAGUCAACAAAUGUCACCUCCACUCAACCAAUCUCAAAAGAUUGAUCAUUCGUCGCCAUCGUCGUCUCCACAAUUGUCGUCUGCCAACACUGGCAAAUUCUCAAUUAAAAAGGGAGAGUCUCUAAAGAUUAAAUCAACAUUCCAUACAACCAAGUUUAUUCAACACCCAAGUAUUCAUCAACUGUUGAAUUGGAAACAACAUGAAAAGGAUUUACAACAUAUUUUGGAUAAAUUCAAGUUUGUAGAACCUCUGUUGAUUAUGCGUAAUUUGUCUGGUAUCGUCGAUUCAUUGUUCCAAAUUUACGAGUCUAGUACUGCUGGUAGUUUGUUUACCGUCGAACCAAUGUCAUUACUCGUUUACAAUACAAUCGUAUUUAUUAUUGGAUUGUUGACAGAUGAACGUAUGGCAAGAUAUAGAAACUUCAAGGUCGAUCUUGAUCAAUACAUUGAAACCAAGUUUUCUGGUGCUCUGACUCAUAAACAUCUGCUCAAUUGUUUGGCCUAUCAUAUGAAGGAUAUCUCGGCCAAGGAGAGUGCCAAGAUUUCACCAACUCUCAAAAGUUUAGAUUAUAUGUUCCAGUUGAUUACAAAGUCUCGUCUAGUCUAUAAACAACAACAGAGUAAGAGUAGUAUGCCUGGUUUGCAACUCAACUCUAUCAACGAUUCAGAAUGGUACAAGGAUAUUAGCGAGUUUUUGUCUCAACUUAACAAGUUGAUGGCAAGUAAUUCACCUUUACUCAUUGUAGUACAGACAUUGGCAUUACGUAACUUUGCAUCAAUGAUGAAAGGUUUAUCUUACUUUUUGGACAAGGUGACAUUGUGCAAGGUACUCUGCGAGUUUAUCGAAUCGGUACAUUACAACGAGAAACAAGAGCAUCUAAACACUCACAAGUUGUCUGUAUUUUAUCAGAUCCUAUCUGCUCAUUUGGCUAUUGAUCAAGAGACUGUAGAACAUCUUUUACCAACACUCAUGGCCAUCACUGAUCAACAUCUUACAAAGGGUGAAGAACUAAAACUUUCAACUCAGUUAUUGUCAUUGGCAUUGGAAUCACUCGAAACACUUGACAGUGUAGAUUUGAAAAAGAAGUACUUUAAUGUCAUCAUGACUGUAUUUACCAAGGUAUUGGGAUUGGUUGAUCAAUUUUUGGUAAACGAUCAAGCACACCAUUCUCACAACAACUCUGCAGCCAAUCAAAUGGCCAAUUGGCGUCAAGACGCUCCUUUCAACUAUGACACUACCUUUUUGGUCACUUGUCUCUUAUCAAUGCUUCACUAUAUGGUUGUAUUUAACCUUACCAACAAGUAUUUGAUCGAUGUUAGUGUUGGAUCAGAUUCAAAGCUAUUCCUCAAAAAGAUUUUGAGAUUACUCGACACUUUAUUGGCACGUGGUGUCUAUCACUAUAGAUUCCCAACCAUGCAAUUGUUCCAUCACAAAAUUACAUUUAGAUUGUUGACAUUGCUUUCACCUGCCUUUGUCAAAGGAAAUACUCCGAUUGGACAAGAAAAUAAUGAAAAUUGGUUAUCAUUUAUUGCAUUACAUUUCAAUUUCUUUACAACUCAUUUGAUGCGUAGUAAUCGUUACCGUGCACAUAGAUUGGCACCUUUACAACCCAUUCUCUUGGAUAUUCGUGUUCGUAUGGUAAAAUCGGUUCGCGAGCUUUGGAAUACUAGUAUUGGUGCUUCGAGUCAGUUCCUAACACACAUGGUACAAUUAUUGUUGGCAUCAUUACUCAAUGGAUUUGCCGAAGUGGAUGAAAUGUGUCAAGACUUGUUCUUUGCAGUCAUGAAAAAGGAUCAUCAAGAAAAACGUUCGUUUAAACGUGUAGAGAGUAAAGCAAUUGAAAUAUUGGACAAGAUCAUCAUUCGUGAGCGUUGGACUGACGAACAAAUCUUUAGACGCUUUUUGAACCAACGUCUAGACCCAUUCUUUUCGAGUGCUGGUGAAGAACAUGGUGAUGCACAAUACAAGAGAGAGGGCAAGGCAUUUAUUGGUAAUUUGUUACAACUAUUGUCGUUAUUGUUUGACUUUAGAACAUUACCAAUGGAUCGUGCAUUUGAAGAAGAACGUACAAUUGCUACACUAAAGAUGAUGGAAUACUUUAAAGAUAGAAAAGAUACAUACAUUAAAUAUGUACACGAGUUACUCAGUCAACACAUCAAUAGUGGAUACUUUACAGAAGCUGGUUUCACAUUCUUGUUGCAUGCCGAUUUGUAUUCAUGGGAUGUUGAUGAAGAACAGCAAGCAUCUGUUGGAGCAUUCACAUUUACCACACCUGACCAACCUGCCCCUAUCACUCUGCCAGCCGAACCUGCACAUAGUCGAAAGGAACGUUUGGUCAAGAUGGCCAUUCAAUACCUCGACAAGGGACAGGUAUGGGAAAAGUGUAUCACCCUACUACAGGAACUAUCAGCAUACUAUGAUGCGACAUACAAUUUCAGAGGACUGGCAGAUGUUGCCAACCAACAGGCCGACCUCUACGACAAGAUAGUCUCUACAGAACGGUUCUUUGCCGAGUACUUUAGAGUAGGUUACUAUGGUCGCAAGUUCCCCCAAACAAUCCAAGGCAAGGAGUUCUUGUACCGUGGGUUCGAGCUCGAACGUCUCGCAGACUUUACCACACGUAUCUUGGCCAAAUUCCCCAACGCCGAGUUGUUAAAGACGACUGGCGAGCCAUCAGCCGACAUUCUCAACGCAGAUGCACAGUACCUACUCAUCACAAUUGUCAAUCCAUCGUCCACUGAAGAGAUCCAUAAAAGAGUCAAACAUGUCACAGAAGGAACACCAUCAAACAGUCGAGCCUACCACCGUCGUAACGAUGUCAAUGUUUUCCUUUACAGCAAGGCAUUUGAGAAAAAGUCAGCUGCCUCACCAUCCAAUCCAAACAACAAGUUUGCCGAUCUAUGGAUUCGUAAUCAUUUCCUUAUUGCCGACUCUUCAUUCCCAACUAUUCACCGUCGUGCAGAAGUCAUUAAAAAGGAGCAGACCGAACUCACACCCAUUGAAAAUGCCGUCAAUAGUGUCGAUCUCAAAAACGAAGAACUCGCAGAGAUGGUCAAAAAGUAUCUGGCCAAUCCACAACUCAAUCUCAACCCACUUGCCAUGGCACUUAAUGGCAGUAUCGAUGCCGCCGUCAAUGGUGGUGUAUCACUCUACAAGGAAGCAUUCUUUGAGAAACAAGAUGUCCUCGAUGCCAUCUCCAAACCAUUUAUUCCAAAACUAUCAUCAGCUCUCAAGAAUCAAGUAGAAAUCUUGGAACGUGGUCUCUAUAUUCACAGUCAACGUUGUCCAGAAGAAUUAAGAGGUCUACAUGAAAAAUUAGAAUCUUUCUUCCCUAAAUUUAAAUCUGAAGUAUUAUCUCUCUAA